AUGUACCGCCAAGUCGCCAUCCGCAACACUCGCCUCUUCAGCACUUCGGUGCGUUUCGCCAACAAGGGCCCCGUCGAGACCGCCAAAGAUGCCGUGAAGACCGUCGAUAAGACCGUCUCGCAGACGAUUGUGAAGGGGAUUGAGAAGGGCGAGGAAGCUGCCGCCGAGGCCAAGAAGGUCGCAGGCAUUGGUGCUCAGGAGGCUAAGGAGAAGGCUAAGGAAGGUGCGCAGGCGGCGCAUGAUACCAAGGAGCAGGCGAAGGGUGCUGCUAAGACAAAGGUAUAA